CCUUUAAACACGGAAAAAACCGUAACAGAUCGAAAGUGAAACCUUGAAGACUAAGAGAACAAUAAUCAUUUGAUUCUUUGUGUGAUUUAAGCCCUUAAGAUUCUUAAAAAUCUUGGGCUUUCUUAGGUAUUUUUUUUUUAAUUGGUGAAAUUAGUCCAUGUGGUUUGGGUUGAAGAAGUAUUAAUAACGAAGGGAAAAAAUGGCCAGUGUCAUGAGGAGUUGCAUACAAUCAAUAUUAAAAUUAUUGAAUUGUGUGAUAGGAAUGGUUGGCAUAGCAAUGAUGUUGUAUGCAGUUUGGCUUAUUAGAGUGUGGCAAAGAGAAAUUGGUGAUUUUCCAUUUUUUGAUGAUGACGACGACUUUAGUCCAUGGUUCAUUUACACAUUUCUUGGCCUAGGUGUGACUUUGUCCAUGAUCACAUGCUUAGGUCAUAUUGCUGCUGAAACUGCAAAUGGUUGCUGCCUUUAUCUAUAUAUGUUGUUUGUAUUCUUACUCCUCAUGCUGGAGGCUGGAGUUACAGCUGAUGUAUUUUUAAACCGUGACUGGGAAGAGGACUUCCCAAAAGACCCAAGUGGGAGCUUUGAUCAGUUCAAAGGUUUCAUCAGAUCAAGCUUUGAACUCUGCAAAUGGAUAGGCUUAUCAAUUGUGUCUGUGCAGGGACUGUCUUUUCUAGUAGCAAUGAUACUCAAAGCUGUUGGGCCCCAUCCAUGUUAUGACAGUGAUGAUGAUUAUGCUUCAGAUAGGGUUCCACUCCUGAAGGAUGUUGUUCACCCACCUCCUUAUGUUGUUGUUAACCCUGUCACUGGAUCUAGAAAUGAUGCGUGGAGUAUAAGGAUUAACGAGAAGCUGAAUCAGGCAAACAGGUGAUAGCUUUCACAAGGAUGGGAACUUGCAUUUGGAAGAUUGGAAGUGCAAUGUCACAACCAGCUUAUAUCAUCUGAUGUCCAAGAGCUUGUACAAGUGCUGAAGCUUUCGAGAAGGAAAAGGCUCUGUGGAUGUGCCGUCAGUACAUACAGGAUUUUUUCUACUUUUGUACCCAACCUUGUGCAAUUAACGCCAUAUAAUGUAAUAAAAAUCUUCUCCUUCAAGUGAUGAAUUCUUUGUUGUUUAAUUAAAAUCUGGUGUACAGAUUUUCCAUGUAUGUUGUAAUAGCAAUAGUGAUAACAU